AUGGACGGCGGACGUACUGGAAGUGCGAAAGGAAGACCAUUACUUUGUCAUAAGGACGCCAUAUGGGCGGUAAACCUUUCACGCACAAAGGUUGUGAAAUACUUCUAUAGAAUAUAUGCUUUUGCAGUAAAGACGGGCGAAAACAAAGUUCGAAAAGGUAAUAAAGGCAAAAGGUCAGAAGUUUCUUAUCGACAUUGUUAUCAGUUAUGGAUCUUUGUAAUCUCCGCAAUUCCGGAUGGCCGUUGCGAUUAA